CACACACACACACACACACACACACACACACACACACACACACACACACACACACACACACACACACACACACACACACACACACACACACACACACACACACACACACACACACACUGUACACAGCCUUUUGUACAAAAUUGUCUGUCCGUAUUUUUAUGUUAACAUUAUUUAUUCGUCUGUUAGCCAGUUUAUCGUUCUUCAUCCGUCUGUCUUUUUGAUUUUUCUUGAUUAUUCUUUCACUUCAGAAGCCUUUAUUCUCACUGUUAAUGACCGAUAUAUAUUAUUUGAUUUGUUGACAUAAAUUGACCCUUUGAGGACGUACGUUACUGUUAACUUUGCUGCUCUGUUAUUGUAUUUGUCGCUUCUACUAAUAUAGUUGUUAACGACACAGUUAGUCCUAUUAAACUAUUGCAUUUCCUUAUCGUUCCAUUCAUUUUCGACAAUGACAAAACUACCCUUGACCUGACACCGGCGACGUGACAGCCCUUGGUUGUUUUCCUUCUUGCGUUUUCUUUUAUGACUAUUCUCCGUUUUCUUUUAUCUUCGAGGUGACCCUUUUCACGCUUCUGAAAAAUCGCCCUUCUGUUUUCUCUUGUUAUUUAGAUUUCUCUCUUCUCCUUUUGGUCUCCCAUUUGUCUCCCUUUUUUAUUAAUUUUUGUAAUAUGGUGGCGUUUUCCUUGUCCUUUUCAUUUUCAUCUUCAUAGCUUUUCAUAUGCUCAUCGUCAUCUCUAUCUUCGCAAACUUUAUUUUCCCCUUCCUCUGGUUGUCUCUGUUUCUCUUUUCCCUUUCUCAUUUUUUUUUAUCCUCUCUUUGACUGUCUUCAUUUCUUCAUAACUUCCCUUCUCUUUCCCCUCGCCCAAUUCCUUCUCUGCCUGUCGUAUGCCUUUCUUCGUAUCUCUUCCCUUCCCUUCUCUUUCCCCUCACCCAUUUUCUUCUCUGCCCUUCGUCUGCCUUUCGUUGCAUCCCUUCCCCCCUCCUUCCUUCCCCUCCGUCCCCUUGCAAGGCCACCCCCUGACGGCGCACUAACCUCUUUAUUCCCGAAGGGAGCGAUCGCUCAGCACCAGAUCCGGCCGAACGCGCCCGUGUGCCAGGUGUUCUGGGACCAGCCUGACGGAGGGGGCGCCCUGGUGGUCACCGCCGACGGCUCCUCCUUCCUGGCCGACUACCUGGUGGUGGCGCUGCCGCUCGCCGUGCUCAAGGAGCGCCACCUCACCUCCUUCAUCCCGCCGCUGCCCAGGGAGCUCACGGGCGCCUUCUCGGCAUUCGAGGCCGGCACCAUGAACCGAGUGGCACUCAGCUGGACAUCUCCCUGGUGGCUCGAGGGCGACCUUGAGAAGCAGAUAAUGUGGAGAGAGUAUUCCUUCCCGCCAGAGAUGGAAUGGAUGUCCAGUAUCGUGCAGAUUAAGAGCGCCCCUCACAACCGCGCUCAGCUGGAGAUGUUGGUGACAGGCGAGGCAUCCUUAGUCAUGGAGGAAAUGCCAGCUGAGACGGUCAUUUCCCACCUCAUGACUCUCAUUCGCGCCAUUAACCGCCCGUACACCGUCCCUCUGCCUUCUUUCUUCCACAGGUCGCAGUGGAACAAGAACCCUUGGGCUCGAAGUUCGUACCAGUCCUACAUGACGAUGGCCGGCGUGAAACGGAGGCUGAAGGACCGAAGUGUUUUAUGCCCGCGCCUCUCCAGCUCGAGUGGGAGGAAGUCCGUUUUCUUUGCCGGAGAACACACCUCUACGGAUCGCUUUGGGACGGUCGAUGGUUCUUUUCUCUCGGGAGUAAGGGCAGCUAAGUGGGUUAUGGACGAAGUCGUUGUUCAAAGUUUGAAACCUUAUGAGAGCGAGGAAGUAAGACUUAUCGUUCCCGACACCCAAAAACAAAACAUUAACUUCUUCGACCUCUUCCUCAAUCCCAAAAAGUACUACCAAGUCGCUAGCGUUAAGCCCAAGAGCAAGGAAAGUGAGGAAGUGAUGCCAGGAAAGAGGAAGCAACCAGACAGAAGAAAUCAAGAUGGAAGACCAACCUUGUACUAUGGUCAGUCACGAAAUGACGUUGGGGCAGUGCCGAGAGGCCAGUUUGGUAACGACAGGCAACAGGAAACGUACAUUAUCCAGACUGAAGAUGGUCGUCGCAUUCCUGUUGUCUUUUCUAGCAACGAUGGCGGACAAAUACCAAUGGUCUUGUCUGACAAUAGUGGCGAUCAAGUGCCAGUUGUCCUGUCUGGCAACAACGGCGAUCAAGUUGUCCUCUCUGGGAACAAUGGCGACCAAGUACCAAUUGUUCUGGAGAGAGAAGACGGUCAACAGGUUGCUUAUGUUAUUGCCGAAAACAAUGGGCAGCAAACUCCCUACGGCAUUCCUCCGGGUAACAGCGCGCAAGUUCAAUAUGUCAUGUCUUCGACCAAUGGACCAGCUGGUCAGCAGAAUGUUUAUAUCAUGUCUGAUGACAAUAAUCAACAUGUUCCUUUAACUGUGUCUCCAGACAAUAAAAAGCAAGCCCCUUAUGUUGUAACCACAGCUGAUGGCCAACAAGUUGCAUAUGUUCUGACUACUAAGAAUGGACAGCAAGUUCCUUUUGUUUUAUCAAAUGACAAUAAUCACGAAGGUCCACAUGACCAAUCAACUCAAAAACUUCCCUAUCCCUUAGCUGUAGAAAAUGGGCCCAAGGUUACUUUUGUUGUGGCUGCAAAAGAUAGUGGCACAGCUUCUCCUGACUCUUCAAGGGAGAAGUCUCAAUUAGAAAUGAUCAGAAAUGUCAAAAUUCCAGAAAUGACAACAAAAUUUACAAUACCGGCAUUUGCUUCUUCAGAGGAUGACUCCAGUUCCCCUUUGAGUAAGAAGGAAGAAAUUGCGAUCGUUUAUGUUGACAGCGAGGGGAAAAGGAUCGCAGAUAUCCCUACGAAGUUGUCCUCCAUGGUGGAAGAUAUGGUGCGAGAGAGCAUGGAAACAAGUCUGAAGGAGAAUAAUCAAGAUGCUACACCCCCUCCCACUGUGGAAGAGGAGGGAAGCCAGGAUGAAGAUAGAUUAUCCAUACAAGAUUCGAGUUUUGAAGAUGUCACUUUAUCUGGACGACUAAGAAACAGAAACAGGAAGAGGAACAGGAAUAAAGGAAUUAGAAACAGAAACAGGAAUAGGAAAAGAGACAAGCCAAACAGUCAAGAAAAUGAGAACUCACCACACAGCGAUAAAGGCGAAGUACAGAGCCAGCAGACUCCCCCACAACAUAUAACCUACAACUCACCUCUCCACUUCCCAUUGCCACUACCAAGCCCUUAUUUUCCAUAUGUAGGUUCUUCUGCUCCCACAACAGAGGCAACCACCGCCGAACCUGCUAAAAUCACUUCAACUGUUCCUGAUGCCCAUGUGACCUACUAUGCAAACAACCGGAUGUCAGUCAUCAUGGAACCAGACUUAUCACAGGCACAUGACGUGUAUGACUUUCACAGUGGUCAGUCAUAUCCACAGUAUGCAAUGAGUGUUAAUGCACCCGGCCCGGAGAUGCCCAGUUACCUUUCUUCUUAUUCACAAUCACCUCCUAAACUCACCACCAACUUCUAUAAUCGAUUCACAGAAGCUCAAACACCCCCCACAGUAUGGCAAAGGCCAAACAUAAACUCGCCUCCGCAUUCACAAGGACACAGUCCAAGCCUAGAUAUAUUAAGACAAGCUAGCCUACAUCGUGCAGAUCAUCUUCCACGUGGUGAUUCCUCAUAUAAUGGAGCUGUAAAUAAUCCUAGGUGGACCCAGACCUACAAUCAACACCCCAGGUAUGAUAUGUUUUCUUCUACUACCAAACCAUAUUAUAAUGUGCUUUCAUCUACACGUCAAAGCCUACAUAUGCCGCCCAUCCAUCAGCCAGAAAAUCCCACCCCUUUUGAUGUGACACAAACCCUAUCAACACAGAUAAAAAAUCUGCAGCAAAGUCAGUACUAUUCUCCAAGUUUGCACCCAUUUCCAGAUCACAAUUAUAACAGAGGUAACACAGCCAACAGAGCUCCUGGUGGACCUCAUGCUUCAUACCCACACAGGACUCCAAACAAAGGUCCUGUUGGACCAUAUGAUUCAUACCCAAGUACUUCUACAAACAGCGCUCCUUCUAAAUUGUAUGCUUCAUACCCAGUUUCAAGCCAUCAUUCUCUGGACUACGAUUCUUUACCACCAAAUCGACAGGCACUUCUGGAGUACUACAAUAUAAGGCCUGGACCAAAUGGACAGGUGCACAUGAACAUCAAUAUGCCACCUCUUCUUAAUAGGGAUCAGUCAUCAGUCUAUGCCAUCUUGGAUGAUGGUACAGAUCCAAAAACUUUGAUGACAGCAAACAGGCACAGGUCACAGAAAAAUGACAAAAACAGAAUGCAGGACAGAAUGGGCAGUUAUGAAUAUGUAGAUUCUGCAGAAGAAUUUCUUGGAUCUUCAUAUGAUGUAAAUCAAACAAUAAAUUUCGAGAGAGUUCUUUUUCCAGACAGUAAAAAUGCCAGUGAUCAACAGCGGCAGCAACAUACAAGUACAGCAUAUGAAACUGGUUCACAAAAAGAGUUUCAAGGAAAUUCUGGAGAGUUUGCAAAUGUAACAAUAUAUUCUGAGGAGCUUCUAAUAAAUUCUGAUGAAUUUAAAUCAAAAGAAGUCGAGGCAAACUCUACAACAAUGAAAGACAACUCCAAAGAAAAAACUAAAUAUGAAGAUUCAAAAGUAAGCUCUGAGGAAAUAAAAAGAAAGUCUGAAGAAAUAGAAGCAAAAAAAAGUUCAGAAAUUAACAUAAAUUCUGGAGAAUUGGAAUCAAAAUUAAGUUCUAAUACAAACUCUGAGGAACUAACAGUAAAUUCUGAGGAAGCAGAAAUAGACUCUGGACAGAACUACACGGUACGAGUACGUGAUGAAAAUAGCAAUGAAGAUAGCAGCAAGAAAGAAGAAACUGAAAACUAUUAUUCCAAUAAUGGGAUGCCAGUGCACCCUGGCUUCCUGUCUGCAAUAUCUGCUAUGCAAUAUACCCCAGUCAUAUUACAACCCAUGUCAUUUUUCAAUCCAAUGAUGCAAGGUAUGAAUUCUUUCCCUCCUACAAGAACAGAUAUGUCUUCACCUCUCUUCCAAAGCCAGUCAGCACAAAAAAAGCCUCAGAGCAGUGAAAAAGAAGAAGACCGUUCCCUCAGAUUUCAAAAAAUAGUAUUGACUACAUUGCAUCCUGAGAGGGAGUUGCAAGAGUCUGUAGACUCCCAGGACCAACUUGAAUCCAUUAAUACCUCCCUUGAUGAAGAGCAGGCAAAUGCUGAUAUACAAUCCAUAGAGGAGUUUCUCCAUGAAAUAUCAAUUGAAAUUUCUUCGGCAAUGAAGAACAAUACAAGAAAUGGUAACCGAAAGAGAGUAAGGAAGAAUAAAAGGAAGAGAAACAGAGAUGAAAAUGAUAGAGACCUUAGCAUUGAGAUACUGACUGAAGCUAUGCAAAGUCCAAAAACUGAGCAGAUAACAAAAUCUGAUGUUUUUACCAGCCGAAGAUCAGAAAAUCAGGAGUGGAUUGCAUCCGCUCCUGAAAAUCAUGAAGUAAGUGUUGUUCAAACAACAACUGCUCCAGAGCUUUAUGACCAUACUUCAGGUUAUGAAAAUUAUGAUUUAUAUACAACAGAAAUUUCCAUUUUAAAUACAUGGAUGCCAGAGAGUAAUGAUUCAGUCCAAGAUAAUGAAGAAACAUCUGAGUCAUGGUUCUCGUGGUAUAUGAAUUAUUAGCAACUGAAACUGUAAAUUAUUUCCAUUAAUCAACUGAUUACCUGUCAUUAAGAAUUGCACACAGUAAUUCAGAGUAAAUUAGGAAAGAACCUGACUUUUCUGGUGGUCUCUUAGGAUAAAGAAAUGGAAAUCAAGGCAAGAAUAACAUGCAGUCAGAUAACUGAGCUCCAAUUUCUAACUUGCUCUCAUUAUAUUGGGAGUAUGUAGCUGUGAAACACUGUUUUAAUAUUGCACACAAAAUGAUAAUUAGAGAAAUAGGUACCAAGCUUAAUGAGAAAGUUUACAGAUAUAUAUGUAAUUUUGAUACCUUUAAAAUUUUUUUCUAUGUUACAAGAAACUAAAAAAUCAUCCAUUUGAAUGUUGACACUUUUGCGUAGCAUUGUAUAUUGUACAUAUUAUUUAUUUAUUAUUUAUUAUUGUAGGCUGUUUAUAAUAAGCACUUAACAGUUACCAAGACAAAUGAGAAAUAUAUGAUCAGUGGUUAAUGGUUAUAACAAAUAAAUGUGCUAGACAUUAAAGGUCAUGUAGCACUAUGGUAAAGUAUUAUGGUGAAAAUGGUAAAAAUUAGUUAACAAUUAAGAUAAGGGGACAGAAGAAGGGGAUUGAGAAGAGAAAGAAAAGAAAAGGGGGAGAAGGCCCAUGUAAAAUUAGUUGAGGUGAGGGCUGAGGUCCAAGCAAGGGGUGAUCCCCUACAAUGGGCCAGUCUCCGUCUCCUAAGCUCCCCCCUCCCCCACCAUGACAACAAUGAGCAAAGGAUUGGGGGGGGGGAUAUAUGAUCAAGACAAAUGUGCUAAAUAACAGUAUUUUGCAUUUAUUUAUUUAUUUAUUUAAUUUUUUUUUUUUUACUUUUGAACUUUUGUAUGAGCUUUCAGUGCACUUAAGACACAUGGAUCCUGUUAGGGCAAAUGGUCCAAUGUGUUAAUUUAUGUAAUGUGAGCUUCAUAUUAACCCAUUCAAACUGGGAGUGCAUGUAUACAUGCAGGGUGCCUUCUGGUUUCUGCUUAUUAAUUUUGUUAACACAUGAAUGGUUCCAGAAACCUUUAUUCACUAGAGUGACACUUACUUGACCUCAUCAACUAUUCCAUUCCUUGAAUUUUCAGAAGGGAAUGUUUAUUUGUUAUUAUUGUUCUCAUUUUUAAAAUAUAGUUAUGAUAAUAGUAAAAAUAACAGUAAUGUAAAUAAUGAUAAUAAUAGUAAUAGAAAAAAAUCACAAUUACCUCAAGGAAUGGAUUAAAUUGGAGAGAUUGUUUAGGCCUAGUAAUUGACUCCUUGGUGACAAUACUUUAGAAGCCAUGUAUGUGUGAACGAAACUAAUAAAACAAGACCACAGUGAAUGAUACAUGUACCCAUUGCCAUUGGGUUAAUGUUGGCAUCCACAAGUUGCACCAAUAUGUGGCAUUUUGAAUUGUAUUCAUUUCACUUCAUCUAUUUUUGCUUCAGUUUUCAUCAUUGCAAGCAGUAAAGUUGUGCAUUAUAAUUAGAGCUGUGCUGGGAGUAUCAUUUGUCAUAUGGGCAGUAUUAGCCAUUGCUUUUAGUAUUGGUACUGGUGUUGAGAGUAAAAUUCAGGCUUAGACAAAAAAAUUAUUUACAAUAUUGUAGGACUGGUAUCUUUUCUGCUAAGAAUUACAUAUAAUCAGGGAGUAUUAACUUUUCUGUUCCUUAACACAGUUCUUACUUUAUUUCAAUAUUCUUAACUGUUAAUUUGACUCAUGAAAAUUUGUCUCCUCCUUGCCUAAUUCUAACAAUAAAAUAAAAUGGAAAUAAAUGUAUCAGUAUUUGUAAGUAUUGGAGUAACAGCAUGUCUCAGCACUUCUCUUAUUAUAAUUAAUUGAUAAGUUACUGCAUCAUCAUGAUCAUCCUUUCCCCACUGGCUCAUCUUGUUUUCAAUUACUUUUUUAUGUAUAUCAAACUUUUUGUCUUAACAUUUCUAUGGAAGUGUAACACUACAUAUUCUAGCUUCUAGUUUGUUUGUAGUGUUUUAUAAAUCUUUCCCAGGCAUGAAAUUCAUUCAGCAUUUUCAUGUACAACUCCAAAUCUGUAUGAUAGGGUGAUAAAAUCCGAAAUCUUGGCAUUAUGAAUUCCAGAAUUGUGUAUAAAUAUUAUAUACCAUCAAA